AGCUCUAUAGUAUGGAAAUCUAGGUGCAAUUAGGUUCUAAAAAACAUAAAUAUACUUGGGCCAUUUAUUCAGAACAAUGCACAUAUUUUUGCAGUUCUACCCAUAGACUGUAGGAAUACAGUCUAUGGUUCUACCUCUACCGGCACUGUGAACUUAGAUUUUUUUUUUCCUAAAUGAACACAAAAUGUCUUCACCCACAUUUACACCAACAUAGACUGACAGAGAAAAUAUAAUUUUAGCCUUUACACAUCACAACUCUGCUAAUUGAUAGUUCCAGGGUGUCAACAGUUUCUUUUGUCCCUCAUAAAUUGAUUAAAUCUAGUUUAAUGACAUAAUGAUCACUUACUCUGCAAUGAUUGCUGUCGCUAAACAAAAAAGACUUUAUGGUUUAGAAGAGUAAAUACACAUUACUGUUACUUCUGGUAAUGCAAACUCUGAAUGUGAAGAUUUUUUUUUUUAUUUGACAUGGUAGUUAUAUUUUCUACUUACAGAACUGCAGAGAAAACAACCAUGUUACCUCAACAGCAUUGUUUAUCGUGACGUAAGAGAACUGUAGAGACAACAGAUACGCUGAGUGAAUUUGACAAACUUCCUCCUCUUUUUUGUUUUGCAGUCAAAAUACAGCACACCCAUUUCCUUAGAAAAGAAGGUCACCGUCAUACUCUGUUUACUCAUUCCUUAAACAAACCACAAACAUGCUAAACACUGGAGCUCACAGUGUGUGGGCAUUCUUUAGCUCUGAGUUAAGCAAAUGGGCCUCAUGUGGAGAGCUGUCUUUCUAUUGGCUUGAAUACUACUCAUUUUACCUGAGCUUCACCUUUAUUUGUUAAAAUUGUUUUUAGUUUUAUUCAUUUAUAUCUAAUAGUUUAGAACUUUUGACCAAAUUGUUAUGCUGGAGUGUCUAUUCUUUUAUUUACUCUCUGUUUUUAGUUUUUUAUCCUGUGCAGCCCUUUGGAACUAGGUUGUUUAAUAAACUAUGUAAAUAAACAGAUUGGUUAAUUGAAUGGAGUCAAGCAGGUCAACUAUAUUAUCCCUAAAAAUAUGUUUGAUUCACAAUACAUUAACUAUGUGCCAGUUAUUAAGUUUAAUUUUGUAUCUGUACCAAGUUUGACCAGUGGUGAGCUGUCUGCAGAAUACGCAUUUAUAAUUAGCUUGUACCAACUGUAGCAUCAUAAAUAAAUAUACUUACCUGGUCUUUCAGUGGAAGAAGGUGACACUUUUGUCGACCACGUCCAGAAUUACUGUGAUCGAGAAUCAAUCUCCAAAAGUCAAAGACUCUUGUGCUGGUUUGCUUCAGCAGUUAAAAGAUGUGACAAAGCUCUGGAUUAAACCUUAGGAACAGAAGCUUGACCUCACUGUGAUGCACAUCAGGAGGGAUCAUUUUUGGUCAUGGAGGAUCUUCAUGGAUCGUAAUAACAGCUUCAUUCUUUGACGAUGAUCAUAGUUUUUGGCAAGUUUUAGAAAUAACUCCAAUAGUUGCUUUGAACGCUCAUCGUUUUCAACAAAACAACUGAUUGCACAUCAAGUUGUGGAACAAGAUUAAGUCUGAAAGUAACUCAGAAAAGAAAAAUACAACCUUGAAGAUGGUGGUGAAAACGGACCAAGUUCACUCAACGAAGCUCCUCCACCAGCACCUGAACUCUCCAUCUCCUCCUGCAGUGUGAUCUCCAGUCAGAAGCAGCCAUGAGUGUGAGGACCAAACACAGGAACAGGUCUGGAACUCCCAUUUACUCUCAGGGCUUCAGUGCCCGUUCCAUGGGAUCUUACACCAUCCCCAGAACCAGCUCUUUUGUUAGUAUGGGGGCUCUUGUCAGGGUUGUUACCACUGACCAAAGCCUUCUUGAGCCGCUCAACUUGGAGAUCGACCCCAAUGUGAAAGUGGCUUGCACCCAAGAGAAAGAACAGAUCAAGACUCUAAACAACCGCUUUGUUUCACACAUUAAUAAGGUUAGAACCCUAGAGCAGGAGAACAAAAUGCUGCAAACCAAAUGGAAACUGCUGAACGAGGACACUGACUCUAACUCUAACAUCGAGUCCGUACUGAAAUCGUACAUCGCCAACCUGGAAAAGAAGCUGGGUGAUCUGAAGACAGCCAAUGAGUACGGCGAGGAGAAGAAGGGGGCUUUACACCAUCAAGUGGACGUUUACAGGGAAAAAUAUGAAAAAGAGAUUAACAAGAGGACUGAUGGAGAAAAUGAUUUUGUCCUAAUGAAAAGGGAUGUGGAUAUUGCAUAUAUGUCAGUGGCAAGCCUUCAUCAUAAUCUGUCUUCAUUAAAAAUUGAACUUAAGUUCCUCAAGGAUCUGCAUGACGAGGAGCGGCGUGAGCUGCAGCAGAAAGUGGCGAACACAAACGUGGUGGUGGAGAUGGACAACUCUCGCAACCUAAACAUGGGGGACAUUGUGUCUGAGGUUAAGACUCACUAUGAAGGCAUUGCUGCUCGUGGCCGUGAAGAAGUGGAAAGCUGGUACGAGGCGAAGUUACACCAGAUGGCAACGGAAGCAAGAAGGAAUGAUACAGAGCUGCAAGACAACAAAAAGGAAGUAGCUGAACUUCAGCAAACCAUUCGGCGCUUUGAGAUGAAAAUCCACGCUGUAUCAUCAGAGAGAUCUGCCAUCGAAAGAAGGCUUGCUGAGGCGGAGGAGAAAGGGGACAAGGCUUUGGUGGAUGCCAGAAGCUCCAUCAAGGAUCUGGAGCAAGCUCUGCCCAGAGAAAAGCUUAGGAUGGCUAAGCAGAUCAGAGAUUACCAGGACCUCAUGAAUGACAAGAUGGGUCUUGACGUGGAGAUAUCCACAUACAUGAACCUGCUGGAACAAGAGGAGAAAAAAAUGCAGAAUCCAUCUUAUGUCUACAUCAAAGAGGGGGUCGCCAAAGCUGAGAAUUUCACAGCUCAGACCCCUCUCCAGUCACCGAGGUCUGCACCCCUUCUCAUCAGGAUAGAGGAGUCCGAAGAUGUAAUAUACAGCUGAGCCCGGAAUCAUGCUGUGAUCAAGUGAUGGAUACUUUCCACCUUUAAUAACUGUUCUUUUAAACCUAAGAGUUUUGUCCCCAAAUGAGGAGAAGCAUUUGUGUCUUUUUGACUUUAAAAACUUAAAUUUGCAUUUUUUUUUUUUUUUGUAAUUGAUAUGUAACACUGAUGGGAAAUGAUGUCCAAUUGUUCAUGUGUGUUUUAGAGAGAUUUUGUUUGUUCUUGAAUAUGCUGAAUCAGCAUGCACACUGUCAUCAAGUGUAUUCUGCUACAAUAAAGAGACACUGUGGUUAAAAUGGGGCCUUGCUUUGCAACCUGAGCUUUUUAGGAAAAAUGUA